AUGACGCCUAUCGGGCUCUUGCCGACUCCAGAACGAGCUACCCCCGUCCAAGGCCGCGUGUGGCAGCUUUGCCAGAAGCAGAACGGUUGCCGGCGUGUGCAGGAAGCCAUCGACGCAUGCACCUCUGAUCAGGACAGAAAUUCCUUGGCAUUAGAGAUGGUGGGACACGUGUGGGAAGCGGCCCGCUGCCCGUUCGGGAACUACGUGCUUCAGAGGUUGAUUACCGUGCUUCGGCCACAUGAUUGUCAGUUCAUUGUUGACGAGAUUUCUUCGCAAGGCAAGCGAGCCGCUUCGCAGUUGGCUCGCCACAGGUACGGAUGUCGAAUCAUGCAACGCCUUCUGGAGCAUGUGCGACACGAGCAGACAAGCAGCAUGGUGGAGAGUUUAUUAAGGGAGGCGCUGCAGCUGGUCAGGCACCAGUAUGGCAACUUCGUGAUGCAGCGUGUUCUCAGCCAUGGCACACUCGCACAGCAGCACUCGCUCUGCUUGCUUCUCAAGCCACAGGCCUGUGAUUUGGCCAUGGACCAGAAUGCCAGUGCUGUGCUGGCAAAGGCGCUGUGCCACGUGUGUCCCGAGGACAAGAUAUGCUUGGCAAAUGGACUGUUAUCUCAGCCGGGGCUGCUCCUUGCCAUGUCCAAAAUUCGGCAUGGCCAUCAGACCACCCUGGCUUUGCUUCGCAUCUUGGAGGGAGACAUGCUCGAAUCGGCCUUGAAUGCCAUGAGGGAGAACUUUGCAUCGUUGUCGCGCUCCCGCUAUGGGCGGGUCGUGCGGCUUGACCCAGAUAUCGACAGGGGGGCUAGAGGAAGUAAACUUAGAUCCCUACUGGCUCAGCGUUGA